CACACACACACACACACACACACACACACACACACACACACACACACACACACACACACACACACACGCACGCACACACACACACAAACUCAUUUCACAAGUCAAGUGUCCUGUGCUGGUGGUGUUCUGGUGAAGGGGUGGCGUCUGAUUGACAGACUGGGUGUCAGAGAAGAAGGUAGAUAACUGUAUCUUUCCCUGCUCAGUUAAAGGUCAAACACACGUAGCUGUAAUUGGAAUAUUCACAAGACAACAACCAUGGUUCAAGGCAGAGGGGAUGGAAUGACCAGAUAAGGCAGAGAAGGAGAGGAAAACAGAGGUGUUUCAUAAGCAACACGAUGGAGAGAUGGCGGCCGGUUUAGAAAGUAGUCCUCACGGAAAGUAACGGAGCUAAUGUGAAGAAAAGUAAUCACAAAAACCUGCACAAACCAAGCUAUUAAAGAGGUCCUUUACUCAUGUUUUAAUGCAUUUGCAGUGAUCUCUGAUAGGACUUAAUCAUUUGUAAGUUGUACUCUGGUGCGCCUGUUUCAGCACGAAUAAUUCAGCCAGAGGAGAAAGUAGCUUCAGAUGGCAGGAUUUGGAGUCUUAUUUCCUGAUCAUCUCAACUCUGAUUGGCUAACAGCAACAUGACUCCACGUCUGAGUGAGUUUGCUCUGCAACGUUGAUGUUUUAUCUCAAAUAACAAAAGCCUAAAUGAGUUCUGAUGUGUGGUGGAGUUGCUAACGCUAACAGUUAGCUUCUGCUAGUUCAACUUGAGACGUUCUCUGUCUCCUGGACGCUAAAGUAAUAACAGCCUUCCCCAUUGCGAGUCAAGAUGGGUGAGUCCAUGAAUGUUAAGUGACGGUGUGAUGUCACGCUGUCGGGCUUUUCUGGUCCCAGAGCUCCGGCGUCUAUUUUCUAUCAGAAGCAGAUGCAGGAGAUAGGUGUAGGAGACUAUUUUCAUGUUCAGCCUGCAUGAAAAACUCAGAGUGACAAAUCAUUUUCAAAAAUAAUAAGUAAAAAAAAAAAUUUAAAUGUUCAUUCUGGCUGGAAAAGGAACUGUAUUAAAAUGCUCACCUUAUAGAAUUAAUAACGUAAAAAUGUGCAGCGCAUUAUUUAGUCUGCCCACAUGUUUGGAUAUAAGAACCAUCAUGUGACAUGUUAUUUUAUAUCUAACAACAAGAACAGUUUGGAAAGUGAUCCCCAGAAAAGAAAGAAAGGGCUCGUCUAUGACUGAAGUGAGUUCACUUACAGCCGGGGUCGGAGUGCUCUCUCACUCAUCGACCACAUGAAGAGGGUAACACUUAGACUCAACACUUAACCUGAGCUCUGCAGGACGAGGCAGACAGACACUCGUACUAUUGACCCGCAACAGCAGAGCCCUCAAGAUGGGGUUAUAUACAGAACUCAAUCAGCACACAGGCUUGACUCGUGGUUCAAUCUGAGCUGUAGAAACACAAUUCCACAGGACAUUUUCCUCACUUUUCCUUUAAAAAGCAAAGACAAGUCACGCCGUAGAUGGAUUAAUGAUGCCGCGGCAUAGAUCUUUUAACAUCCGUUAUCUUAUGUCGAGUAAGCACACAUUUAUGUCAACAUAUUCAUUUAUUUUCAGCAGCCUCUGCACAAAACUGGCUUUGUUGUUAUAAUCAGCUUGUCAGUUGCCCCUGGCUUUUUUCUCCUCUACUGUGAGCCUAAGCUUUGUCAAUACACAAGCUUCAUAAAAUCUACUUCAUUCUAUAUCUGAUGUUCCGACAAGAACGUAGAGAAAAUUCCUUAUCACUUAUAAUCACUGCAGACGUGUUUCCUCUUCGUUGUACAUAAAAUGUCAGGCUUGUGUGGGAUUGAUGACACACUUUGUAUUUUAAUUUUCUCUUCAUUGGGCUUGGCCACAUUUUAAAUGUUGGUGUCCAGACACGUUUAGCUUUAAAGAGCAUAAGAAGACGUUUUGGUCAUUUUGAAGUUUCUUUGUCAUUUCCAUGUAGAAAAUGAGUGUUACUGUCAACAUUGUUCCUGAACGGCCUCGGUUCAGAUCCAGAAGUUUACCCUCUUCUGGACUGAUGAGCCCUUGUCUAGUUCAACUUCAGCCAGAGUUAAUCCUGCCUUCUUAAAAUAUUUCUGAAACUUAAUUAAAAUGUCCUAUUUUUGUUUUCCAUGUAUCUUUCUCUCGUUACACCCACACACAUUCCCUUCUACUUUUUAUUUGUCUUUAUUUUUUUCCUUAUUUUCUCUUAAGUUACAUACUGUGGAGGUUUUGCGGUUAUCGGAAUGGAUUUUGUCAAAAGGCUCGAUUGAAGAACUGCUGUCAAGAUCAUGGACACAUCCAUGGCGCUACAAGCAGCGAGGCAGUUACUCUUGCAGCAGCCAGGCAGUGGCCUGAAAUCUCCAAAGAGCCAGGACAAGCAGCGUCCACUGCAGGUUCCAGUGUCGGUGGCCAUGAUGAGUCCCCAAGUGAUCACGCCACAGCAGAUGCAGCAGAUCCUUCAGCAGCAGGUGCUUUCCCCGCAGCAGCUCCAGGCCCUGCUCCAGCAGCAGCAGGCUGUGAUGCUGCAGCAGCAACACCUGCAAGAGUUUUACAAGAAACAGCAGGAACAACUUCAUCUGCAGCUUCUCCAGCAGCAGCAUCCUGGCAAGCAGGUUAAAGAGCAACAGCAGCAGCAGCAGCAGCUGGCCGCCCAGCAGCUCGUCUUCCAGCAGCAGCUCCUGCAGAUGCAGCAGCUCCAGCAGCAGCAGCACCUGCUCAACAUGCAGCGGCAGGGCCUGCUCUCGCUGCCUGGGCCUGCUCCGGGCCAAGCCGCCCUGCCCGGACAGACCCUGCCCCCGCCAGGUGGUCUGAGCCCCGCAGAGCUCCAGCAGCUGUGGAAGGACGUGACCGGAGGAGGCGGCCACUCCAUCGAGGACAAUGGCAUCAAACACAGCAGCAGCGGCACCGGCACUUGCACCGGCGUAGGUGGCGGCGGCUUAGACCUCUCCACCAACAACUCCUCCUCAACUACCUCCUCCUCCAACCCCGCCAAAGCAUCGCCGCCCAUCUCUCACCACUCCAUGACCAACGGACAGUCGCCCGCCCUCAACCACAGAAGAGAGCGGGAACGGGAGAGGGAGCGAGAAAGUUCGCUACACGAAGAAGGUGGAGGAACCCACCCCCUGUACGGUCAUGGUGUGUGCAAGUGGCCUGGCUGUGAGACCAUGUGCGAGGACUUUGGACAGUUUUUAAAGCACCUAAACAGCGAGCACGCCCUCGACGACCGGAGCACGGCCCAGUGUCGAGUCCAGAUGCAAGUGGUGCAGCAGCUGGAAAUACAACUUUCUAAAGAGCGUGAGCGUCUUCAGGCGAUGAUGACCCACUUGCACAUGCGGCCCUCAGAACCCAAGUCAUCUCCCAAACCACUUAAUUUGGUGUCCAGCGUCACCAUGUCCAAGAACCUGCCCUCAGCAUCGCCCCCUAACUUACCUCAGACCCCCACCACGCCCACAGCCCCCAUCACACCCAUGGCCGCCAUGCCACAGGUGCCAUCGGUGUUGGGAGGAGCCAACGUGCCCAGCAUGGGAGCCAUGCGCAGACGCCACUCGGACAAAUACUCCAUGCCUUUGUCGUCGGGUGGUGACACAGUAUUUAUUUUUCCAGAGAUUGCCCCAAACUACGAGUUUUAUAAGAACGCAGAUGUCAGACCGCCAUUUACGUAUGCAACCCUCAUAAGACAGGCUAUCAUGGACUCUGCAGACAUGCAGCUAACGCUCAAUGAAAUCUACAGCUGGUUCACGCGCACAUUCGCCUACUUCAGACGCAACGCUGCAACUUGGAAGAACGCCGUCCGCCACAACCUCAGCCUGCACAAGUGCUUCGUUCGUGUGGAGAACGUGAAGGGGGCGGUGUGGACAGUGGACGAGGUGGAGUAUCAGAAGCGCCGGUCGCAGAAGAUCACAGGGAGUCCAUCUCUUGUAAAGAACCUGCCCUCCAGUCUCGGUUAUGGAACUGCACUAAAUGCCAGCUUACAAGCCGCCCUGGCGGAGACCUCCCUGCCUCUGCUGGGGACCCCCGGGCUCAUGAGCAGCGCCGCCGGCCCAAUGGGAGGCAGCUGCCACGGCCUCCUCGGGGGAGACCUGUCCGGACACACCGGGUCAAGCCCACCUGGGCUCUUAGGUGGGAGUCCACCUGGACUGCUGGGCAUCAGCCCUCCUGGCACGCUGAGUGGCAGCCCCCCCACCAUGUUGCAUUCGGUCCACGAUGAGCUCAAUGGCUCACUCGACCACCUGGACACCAACGGACACAGCAGCCCCGGGUACUCCCCUCCGGUACACAUGCCACCCAUUCACGUGAAGGAGGAGCCUCUCAAUAUGGAUGAUGACGACUGUCCGAUGUCACUCGUGACGACAGCUAAUCACAGUCCGGAGCUGGACGACGACCGGGAGCUGGAGGAAGGGAACCUAUCAGAAGACCUGGAGUGACGAGGAGGCCAAUUUUCUUACGUUGAUGUUUCCCUUCUCCCACACAAACCUGCAAAACUAAAAACAAAAACCACUCCACAGUCCAAAAACACCACAGCUCUUUAUCUUUCACCACUGGGACUAUUUAUUGAGCAUGUAUCCGAUCCAGAGGAACUCUUUGUUGCAGACCUUUGGGUCUCCCAAACGUGACAGACAUGAGAUGUCUGUUGUACAGGAAAAUAAAAGAAACACUAACAAACUCUCUGAGACCUGUUCUAUCUGGGGUGGCAUGGCCACAUACGGGACAGCGAACUCGUGGACGGGGAGGAAACGCAAGACAAAUAAGUGAAUCAUGUUCUGUUGAAAGCUAGCGGCCUCAUAUACUGCCAAAAAAGAAGACAUUUUAUGUUUGUGAAUAAUCUUACCCACAGUAGUCGUUAUUGUCUAGAGACAAUUGCUGGUUCAAUUCAAGUUGUUGCUCUGUUAUCAUUUGCACAGGAGUAGUCUCAGAAACUUGUGUCACUGCCUGUAUGUUGCUAUUAUUAUUAUUAUUAUUAUUAUUAUUAAAACCAGUGUAUCAUUUAUAGCUUUUAUUAUUUGAAACCAUUGUCCAUUUCCAAUUUAAAUUUUUUAAGACGACUGUAAAUGCCAUUCCCCGAAACACAACCAGUACUAAGACUGUUGCAACUGUCCAGAAAAAAAAGUUGGCUUCCAGUUUUGUCCGUGAUUAAAAAAAAAAAAGGAAACCAACUGGAAACAAAGAAAGUUUGUUGAAAAAGCCUAAUUUUACGAAACAAAUGCAUUUCUGCUAAUUUUCUUCUUGCUCUUCUUACCUCGGCGUUCUUAAAGCUUUGUCUACCUGGCAACAGUCACAGGCAACAGCUAGAAACCAAAGCCAACGUUAGCAAUGGCCAAUAGCUUACAAACAGAAGCCGCCAAACUCUUCUUGUUCCGCCUUCUGUGACUUUAAACUAGAGAAGCUUUCGCUCCGCAAACUACCUUGGGUUAACCUCUGGGAUUGUUUACCUUAGACCUAUACAAAUAUUAGAACCACAGAGCAGAAACAAAUGCUGAUGUUCUUUUGUUUCCUUUAAAUGUCCAUUUUGGUGAUCUUCUGCCAGGCGUUCUGCAGGUAAAAGUGAUGUGAUAUUUCAGCUGCAAAGCAUUUCUUUUCUUUUUUUUAUGCUGGUAGAGAGCAGCCAACUGUAAAGGUGGAAAAUGACCAAAAUCUUCAGCGGAAGUGCAGAAACAUUGUGUUGUUGUGAAAUUUUGUUUUGUUUUUUCCAUUUUUUUUUUUGGUCACGCCAUGCAUGUCGGACGUUUUCUACCUUGAUUGUUUGGCAGAUAUUUUUGAAGCUGGUGAACAUGUUGUUGUUUUAAUCGGGACUGUCACGUCUUUUACUUCCGUGGAGGUUUUUCUUCUGAGCCGCAUCGAAACUGAAAAACAAUGCUAACCAAACAUGAAAAAUAUCUAGUGAAGCCAAAUAAUUUCAAGCUAAUAUGAAACGAUGUGGCUUGGUCACCGCGCAGAAGCAAACAGGAAUAGCCAUUGCAGAAGAGGAUAUCAAAGGUAACCUUUUCUAGGUGAUAUUUGCUUUAAUUUAAAUACUCAUAAUGUGUGUGUGCGUGCGUGUGUGUGUGUGUGUGUUUGGGGGGAUGUCAUGCUUUCUGAACUAAACAUGGUCUGUAUAGGAAGCCAGCUUUUUAUAAAACACACACUGUAUUCACCGAUUUUAGUGGAAACUGCGUCCCAUGGUUUUUCCUCUCAGCCUAUGUCAUCUAGAGAAGUGUUGUUGCUUUAAUGGUCGUUUGUUUUCAGUAAACCAAAGUUACACAAACUUCUGCCUCCUCUUGUAUGGGAUAAAGAAAAACAACAACUACACACGCACACACUGAGAAAGACCCUGACUUUCAACCGUCUGCAGAAAAAACAUCAGAGAACCAUCCGCUUGACCUGACCAAAAUGGAGACACACUGUGCUUAUUGUUGCUUUCUAGUGUAAGGCAAACAGCCCAGGAACUGUUGAGAAAAGGGCCCAGAACAAUUAUUAUUAUUAUUAUUAUUAUUAUUAUUAUCCCAUCAAUACAGAGCUGGAGUCAGCAAAAACGACUUGAAUAUGUGUUUUAAAUAAUCCUACCACACCAAAUAGCAACAACGUGUCAUGGAAAAAAAGGGUUCUCCCACUUACCCAAAAAGGCUUUCUAAAAGCUUCUACCUCUGCACAACAAACAAAUUCAGAGCAAUUAAACCUGAUUGCACGAAAACACCACAAGAGCUGUUACACUUUACUAGUGGCUCGUUUACAUUCCCGGCGUCAAGAAACACGGAGGAUGUGCAUCGUAACAGGUUGUCCGCAAACAUUUGUAGAAUGAUGAUGUAUAGAUUACCUGUAAGGGAGUAUUGUGUUUUAAAAUGCAUGUCUAAAAAGAAUUAUUUGGUGGACUGGAAAAAAAAAACAAUAAUAAAAAGAAUAUCAUGAAGUGCAUCAGGACGAUGGCCUAAAUGUACAACACGUGCAUUACCUCAGAGGGAUAAAACCUGUCAGCCACAGAAUGCAUAUUACCUGUAGAUUUGCAUGGGUUUUGUAUAAAUUAAAUAAAAGAAAAAAAAGUCUAAAAUAGUUGCUUGCACAUAAUACCAGAAAGACCUCCAGAACUGCGAUCUUGCUCCUCCACUAGAAUUUAGGAUUGUCUGGAUUUUCUGGGUUGAUUUUGUCUGUAUUUUGAUAACUGUGCAUACUUAUGUAAAAAGGACCCAAAAAAACAGAAAAAGAAGAAAAAAAAUACAUGUUGGUGGACCCAUAAAUUUACCAGGCUUUUUUCUAAGAGGAAAAAAAAUCUGUGUUUCUUUUCCGACUUACCUGAAUUUUUACUGUUUCAUUGCUCGCUAAGAAUAGCAAACCUGCUUUUUUCUGCAUCUGCUUUGCGUAGCUGUAAGGCUUAACCUAAUGUGUGUAUUUAUUGCUUGUACCUCUGUGCAUACUUUAUGAAGCAUUAUGUCUGGCAGUUGAGUCAUGUAUCCUUUCUACUGCUAUCCUUCUCUAAGAAUUGAGAAUAUGAUCCCCCUAUGUAUACAGUAAAUUGGGACCGUAGCAAACAUAUGUUUAUGUAAUUGGUGAUUUUUUUUAUUUUUAUUUCCUUUUAAUCGAGAUUCAACAACCUUUUUUUAUACUUCUCAUUACUGUGUACUGUGUCCAUAUGUUAAAGGUUCUCCGACAUUAGAAGGUCAUGGUUGAGAAUUGUAACAGACAUUAUUUUCUGUAUUCAUGGCAUUUCACUGCUGAAUAAAAUAAAGGACCAAAACUUGGAA